AUGGAUAGUACAAGUCCAUUUCAACCUUGGGCUGCCGACGAUAGUGCAAAAAAUGUUAAAAAUGAGAGAGAACUAGUGGAUGACGCGAAACUUCAUCGGGAAAAUGUCAAUCAUCCAAAACAUAGGCAAACUGCGUCUUACAAUAAAGAAAGUGUCGCUGUUUCAAGCAACGCACCGGGGUCAUCUAGUGCUGCGGCCCCCGGCGGCGCCGAGCCCGCUGAGGGCAGCGCGUCCAACAUGGACUCAAGCAAAAUAGUUUCUAUGCAACAAAUCGUCGAGAACACCCUCAGUCAAGAGGGCCGACAGAGGGUGGCUCAGCUUUUAGAGGCUGUAGAGGCACUGAGUGGUGCUGAAAGACUACUUCUGUACCUACGACUGCCUACUGGUGUUGCACAACAUGACCCUUUAAAACAACCAAUUAAUCCACUGGGCUCACGGGCUGAACUUCAACAGACUGUAACUUGGAUACAGACACAUUUAGAAGUUGACCCCGAUGUAUCAUUACCUAAACAGGAUGUCUAUGAUGAGUACAUAGCACAUUGUAUGAGCAGCAAUAUGAAACCUCUUUCAACUGCAGAUUUUGGAAAAGUCAUGAAGCAGGUGUACCCAAGCGUGCGACCGCGACGACUCGGGACUCGCGGCAACUCCAGAUACUGCUAUGCUGGUUUGAGAAAAAAAAUUAAAUUGGAAGUACCACAACUCCCUGACUUGGGCGAAUCAUCUAAGGAAACUACAGCGCCGUCGAGAGAAACUGAAAGGAUCGUUUGCGAUUGGGCCGAAAGUAAAUUAGGCAUUAAGUUUUCAAGUGUAGCAGAGUUAUCGCGGCAUUUGCUAACAGCGACGUCGCAGCACGCGCCGCCUGGCCCCGCCAGCGCCUCGCCUCCUCCGCUAGCACAAGCUCAUGCGCAAACAGAAGAAACUACAAGUCGACAACUAAUUAAGCAUCUGAAACGUAAAAUACAAACACACGGUACUCCUGGUCGACCGAAAAAGAACAAAGGGCAAGAAGCGCCGGGAGAGUCUCCGCCUUCAACAUCGUAUGCAGCGCAUCACCCACCUAUGAAACACGAGAGUGAAGUAUUGUCAGAGCCUAACUACGGAUAUCAGCCGCCCUACCCGACCGUGUACGAAGUGCGUCCGCCAUUUCCGCCUUACGCGGCCCCGCCCCGCGCCCAUCCGCCUCACCCCACGCAUGUACCAACCGCGCCACACCAAACGAUUCCCAUACAUGAUUAUCCUUUACGAGACCCUUACGCGCUUGAAUCGCCGUAUGCGCCGCGAGACCUCACGCGCCCUGCAGACACUACUCACAACCUGCCCAUCAAUCUGAGUAGCGACGCAUCUCUCGAUCUGUCUACCGAGCGAACCGACUGGCAGCGGCGGAGACCUCCCGAGCCUCCGCCAGCUCGGUUAUCGCUUCCUGGAAAGAAGUUGAUCCUGGAGACCUAUCAGAGUGAAACGAGAGCGAGCUCCCCACGUUCAGUACCGGCAGACGCUCGUUUGCCCCAUGUAACCGAAGAAUUCCCGCGCACCGAGUACCUCCCAAAAAAGAUGCGUGCAGCCGAAAUCAUGGGUGGCAAAUUAGCUAGUGCACGCUACGCGCAAGCCGAGGCCCCACCUCCUUCGGCCCCGGCACCUGCCGAGGUUCCCAUCCGUCCCGAGGUUGCUUUUUUAGAGGAUCCAAAAAACUUAACGAGCCGGUCCAAAAGCACCGCCGCGGCGCUGGCCCGGGAGGAACAGGAGGCGGCGAGUCAGACACGGUCGGUGAAGGUUCCGACGUCUGAACGCAAUAAACUACGGAAACCGAGCGGCCGAGCGAGUGGACUCUCGCCGGAUCGGGCGAAAUCGCCCGAGCGAUCCGCAACUCCAGAUUCGUGUUGCGGUUUGGAUGGGAUUAAUAUUCGUACUGGGAUGAUUUGCGAGGAAAAACACUCUGAAAUUCUCAAUAGAGAGCGCGUGAUCAGUAUUUGCAAUAUAGACAAGCAUGACCUCGACGAUUAUCUAAAUGAGGGUAACAGUCAGGAGCAUGAAGAGGAAUUAUUGCAGUAUUUCCACCAUCAACGCGCUAGCCAGUCGGAAGCCACGGGGACCAUGAGCACUUCCGAUAACCCAGUUGCUUUUUUAGAAGCAGGCCAGGACCCACAUGAUGACCAUAGCCAAGGAAAAAACGAGAAGAUAUCACAACUAAGAGAAUUACUAGCUAAAAAUUUAAAAAACCAGAGUGGGUCCAGUUCUCAGACCAUGACAAAUCAAACCAUGCUGAAUAAGGAGUCGCAACUGUCUCAGCCAAAGCAGCAAGACCAGCAACUUCCUAAAACGACUAUUUCUGCAAGUGCUUUCAAGCCACUCUCUGGUACAGUAGAUACAGAACAGACUUUAGCAAAUCAAACCGGCAUGUCCAUUACCAAGCAUAAUAAUUCUCUACCUACUGAGAAUGGCACUUCUGUACCUUACGUUAAUGAUGUAGCUUCGACUCAGGCGAAUAUAAAUAUUGGAGGAUCCCAUCUUUACAAUGGACAUUGCCAUAACGAGCCACAGAGUCCAACAACCAGAACACAACAGUAUGACUUCGUUCCUAUUUCUGAUGGUUGUCAUUCUCCAGGCAAUUUCCAUUCUAAGUCACCUCUAGGAUUUGGACAAAGAAGUCAAAGUCCAUCAAAAGUAAACAAACAGAUGAUUAUGGGUGGUUCUCUUCAGACGUCGCCUAAUUCGCAUAGCACCGCUGCCAGUCCAUUUGUUAGUCCAAGAAACACUCCAGUGCCGCGGUCUCGACUGUGCUCAAGACCUAUACCUAAACACAAUGUAAGAAGAAGACGCAAUCCUUUGGUGAUUGGUGUUGAUCAGAAUUCAAAAUUUGCAAUACCAAAUGAUCAGAAGUUUCUGUCCAAAAUGCCAAUCUGUGCUACAGGCAAGUACAAUUGCCAACCGAUUUCAGCCCCUCCUUCACCAAACAUACUCACACAGUACAAAAAUCACAUGUUCACUGGUCCUUCAGGACUGACGAAUGGGUCUAAUAAUCUUUCUCUUAAUUUUUUGCCUAAUCCACCGUUUCGGGAUCAUUUAAAUGGAGAUCCUCCCUUGUCAGCUGAUCCUUUAUCGAACGAAGUUAGCCAGUUCUUCCAGGACUCACUAGUUUAUAGGCCAGGGCCCGAUACUUUUAGAUCACAAUCGGUUCCUCUGAAACCCGGCAUCGGUAAUAUGGGAAUGUUGAGUUACAACAACACUCCAGUGGGAUCUGUGCCACCUACGCCGGUUCCGAACGAAUUUUGUGAUUUUGAAUCCCUCACCGAUACUUGUGACAUAUCCAGAGCUGGACUUAAUCGAGAAACACUUGAUAAAAUAUAUGACGCCAUCGACAGCAGUAACGAUGUUCUUACUAAUCCACCACAAAGCAUAUUAAAUUCUAACGACACUUUGAGCAAUGGUUGUGACUCUUUGCCUGAGCACCAGAUACUUUCAAAUGAUCAACUGAUAAUACCUACCGGUGACGAUUUGCUUGAAAGAAGUAAUCAGUUCAAUCAAGCUUUUACCAAUGAAAGUGCUGCUACAGAUAACGUUGAAGAUUUUCUUAAGCGAACCAAUAGUGUUGAAUUUGAUUUAACUGACUUGGUUACCACAGACAAGAAUAAAUAUUAUACAUCACGUUCAGUUCCCAGUACACCGCUUCCCUACAAACGUACCGCACCAAAUUUAGAGAUUGACUCGCGCCGCUCUAGAGAACUCUUCCCAGCCGAAAAUUAUUCCAAUGUCUCAAACGGCAUAUCCUCAAAAUCAGUGCCAUCAACUCCUCAAUUUUCAGAAGAUAGAAGCGUGUUCAGUUACAGUAAUAGAGAUUUUCUAAUAAACGGUAACUCGGUGUGUGGUUCGAGUCAGCUCCCCGAGUCGGUGGUGGACAGUGAUCAGGGACUCACAUCCCCGCUCCACGAUAUGCUUCGCGAGGACAUGCUCGACCGUCUCACGCCCGCUCUGCUGGCCGACCUCGAUAAAAUGGACGGAACUGCAUAUGUCGAUCUCUAG